CUUUAAGCAAAAAAAAAGUUUACACUAUCUUUUUUUCGUUGACUGAGUUUUUUUUUUACGCUUGUUUGACUUUUUUUUUCGCUUACGCUUUUUCUUUUCGGUUUCAAUCCUCUGUCACUCUUUUGGCGUGGAGGGGAGGGGUUAAUAGGCGGGGCCAGAGGGUCCGCAAAUCCGCUGUAAUUUGCAUCUAAUUUGCAUCUAAUUUGCAUCCCGCUUCGGCUUGUCAGGACCGCUCCGAGCCUCGGUUAGCUAACGCAAUGGCUGCCACGAGUUCGGGCGGAACUAUUAAACCACAGAACUUAGAGGCCAGUGUGAUUGCUGCUGCCCAAGGUCUGAUUAAUGUGCUACAGCACAAUAUUCAGCAAUCAAACACCCCUCCAGUACUGCAGAGUUCAGUGCCCACUAAUGAACAGAGAGAUGGGCGAGCACAAGCACCAAAGCCAGCAGUUCUAGAGGAGAUGUCAAGGUCAUUUCCAGGCUUCUAUGUCAAAAGAAAAGGAAAAAAACGCUUUUACAACCUGCUCCAGGGAAGGCUAAGACCUGUAAGCCAUUCAUUGUGUACGUAUAUUUAGUGAACAGGGCUGUACCAGCACUCCCUCUGCUACUGAAGAGUUGGAGUUGACCCAAGCAGGUUUGGGAAAGCGAUCCCUCACCUUGGCAGAUGAUAUGAAUCAUACAAUGGUAAAUGACAUUAUCAAUGAAGAAUAUCCAAAAAUGGAAGGGGUGGAUGGGUGGUUGUUGUACAAGUCUACAGGUGGUCCUGGUAAAAGAAAACUGGUUGCAAUUCCACCUGAUGUUGAUGGUUAUACAGGCAGAUUCAUUGGCAGUGUUUCCAGUGCUGGGAAGACCCUCUUAUACAUUGCCCCACUGCAGAAUGACCUUGACCUAACUCCACUGCCAUCUGAUGCAGCUGAAUUUAAAAAAAUGCCAAGGGCAGCAUGUCAAGUGUGCAAAAAGACUAUGCCUCUGCAUAUUCUAGCAUUGCACAUUGAGGGUUGUACAGAGACUCAGUCUACAAGUGAUGAGGAGGGUGAGUUCCAGGUUAUGUCUGUUACAAAUUCAUCACCUGUCAACUUGUACAAAAGCUCCAGUCAUCUCGUUGAUCUGACACAGGACAUAAAGGAAUGCCCAAUAUGUCUUUGCUGUUUCCCAGCAAGUGAAAUUGCUCAGCAUGCAAGCCUGUGUGGAGAAAGGCUCGAGGAUGGAGGAUGUCUUCAUUGGCGUACUGACUCUGGUCCCAGGAUUGAUCCUGAGAACAAAAUGAUAGAUGAGGAAGAAGAUGAGAGAAGUUUGGCUGAUUUAUCGAGUGAAAGUGAUGUCCUCCAGUGGCUUGCAAGUCAAGUAGAUAAAAGCAAAGACUUUAAGAUCUGCAUCACCAGGGAUGAUGUUGUUCAGAGAGGCUUCAUUCAGUGGCAAAGACAGAAGAAGGGCUCCCCUCUCAACAAACUGCAUGUCACCUUUAUUGGAGAGGCAGGAAUUGAUACUGGUGCACUGAGCAAAGAGUUUUUGACCGAAAUGAUGCAUGGCAUUGAGAGGAGACUGUUUGAGGGCAGUGGCAAGAAAGGAAAGAGUCCCAUCUACUCCAUUAGUGACCUAGAAAAUGGUUACUACAGGACUGCAGGAGAAGUGUUUUCUGUCAGCCUUGCUCAGGGAGCUCCACCACCACGCGUCCUCACAAACUGCUGUUAUCAGUUUCUUGCAUCAGGGGACUUUGACAGUCUGAAGGUGAACAAAGAUGAUGUGGAUGAUCUUGACUCUGCUUUACUGAUCAAAAGGGUGGAGGCAGCAAGUGAUGUGACAGAGCUCACAGAAGAAAUAGUGAAUUGUGGUUCCACAGGGCUGCUGACGUCUGACAGAAAGGACAGUAUCAUAAGAGCCAUUGUUCUUCAUGCCAUAGUGCGGCUAACUCCUGUGCUGCAGCAAAUAAGAAAUGGCAUGAAGGUCUACAACCUUGUGGAGCUGAUUAGAAGGCACCAAAAUCUCUGCUCAGAGCUGUUUGUUCCUAAAGAGGAUGAUGAUACAAUAAGACCGGAUGCUGAUUAUAUAAUGGCUAUCCUAAUUCCUGAACUCAGUGAGAGGGGAAGCCAAAGGCAUGACAGAGAGAAUGCCAUCAUCAACUUCCUCCAGGACUUCCUGCAAGACCUUGAAAUCCCAGAUCAGGAGGAAGCUGAAGAGGUAUGUGGGCCUGUGCCACAAGAGCUACAAGCUGAAGAUCAAGGAGGACACUGGAGUCAAAAUCAGCCCUCAAGAAUGUCUGUCCCAACAGUCGUGCAGUGGUUAACUGGACAAAGGCACAAACCCCUUCUUCCAUCAGAGAGGGCAGAUUUUAAAAUAAAUGUCAGAUUUGACCACCUGUGUAAGGAAAAAAAUCCUGGUCACCACAUUUGCUACCCUCUUGUUAGUGCUUGCACAAAUACAGUAACUUUCCCUGUGGCACAUAUGAAUACAUACUGAGAGAUGUGAUAACAACAGCAAUCAGAAUGGGUGGAGCUUUCGGUCGAAUCUAAAGCCUCUGGUGGUUCAUUUGUACUCAUGUUGCACCUGUUACAGGCAGCCAGUCAUUAGAUGAUACAAACUUUUCUAAAGAAUGUUGAGAAAAAAAUUAUUUCACAUACCUAAUACUGGU